GGGGACUGUAGGGAGUCCGGGAGAAGGGCCAUAUGGACGUUGCUGUGUUUCUUUUAAAUUCUUCAGCUUUAAGAAUGGGACGUAUCCGAGGAGUCAGAUCCAACAGUGACAGGUGUGUCUGGUGGCAAUAACGCAACCCCGCUCUGUAAAGGAUACUCUCUCCUCCCACAGCAUUGUGCACUGAGCACAGCUAUGUCCCUCUCUAUAUCAGAUCAACAACACCAAGGACCAGGUCACUGCAUCGUACUGAGGCUCCGAAACAUCACUCCAGGGAGUAAAGUGGACAACAAAAUAAUCCCACAGCUUCCACCAGAACAGCUGAGGAUUAGAGAGGGGCUCUGGGGACCCCCGCGGAUCCAGACAUCAGAGAAGACACAAUAAGAAGAGGCGUGCAACUACAGAACGGGAGACAAACAAGGGCCGCUUCUGGAGUGGGCUAUGGAUCCUUCCUCCGGCACUAAGAAGAAGGGGGAGAAGAUCGGCCAAGUUAAGGCACCGGCAGGAACUUCAGACAGGUCAGGGAAAAAAGUCAGUAUAAACAAUGAAGAAAAAGUCAAAUCACGUUCCUCUGAAGUACACCGUCCCAAGAUAAAUCUGAAACUGGGGACCUGCAAAGAGGAAGUGGAGACAGAAAUGGGCAAAGCACCACUAGACUCUGGAACUUUGAAUAUAUCAGCACCAAGCCCUGGAGUCAAGUUUGGUGUCCCACCAAGCCCUGGGGUGUUUGACCUACAGAGCCCUGUUGUUAUGAUUGGUGAAGAUGUCUUCCAGAUUAUAGAUGACUGUCCCCCUCCCCCAGCCCCUUUUGCUCAUCGCUUUGUGACUCUUCGGACCGAAAGCGUGUCAGAUAUGUAUGACCUAAACAUGGAUGACAUUCUUGGCGGGGGCCGUUUUGGAGAGGUCCACGUCUGCACAGAGAAGGCAACCGGUAUGCAACUUGUAGCUAAAAUUCUGAAAGGCCAGAAUGAACAAGACAGGGAAAUGGCUCUGAAUGAGAUAAAUGUAAUGAACCAGUUGGAUCACCUCAAUCUCAUCCAGAUGUUUGAUGCUAUCCAAACCCCUAAUGAGAUCAUCUUAUUGCUAGAAUAUGUGGGCGGAGGGGAGCUGUUUGAAAGGAUCAUUGAUGACAGUUAUCAGCUGAUGGAGGUGGAUGCUAUGGUGUUUGUGCGCCAAAUAUGUGAGGGCAUCUUCUACAUGCAUCAGAUGUAUGUGCUGCACCUAGACUUAAAGCCAGAAAACAUUGUAUGUGUGUCUCCCAUCAGCCAUAUGGUGAAGAUUAUAGACUUUGGCCUGGCUCGAAGGUACAAGCCACAGAACAAGCUGAAGGUCUCUUUCGGCACGCCAGAAUUCUUGUCUCCUGAAGUGAUUAAUUUCGAUCAUGUCUCUUUUCCGACAGACAUGUGGAGUGUCGGCGUCAUCACAUACAUGAUGGUCAGCGGUUUGUCCCCUUUCCUUGGAGAGAACGAUGCCGAAACCAUGAACAAUAUAUUGGUGGGUGACCCAGGAUUUGAAGAAGAACCCUUCGAACAGGUUUCAGAAGAAGCUAAAGAUUUUAUAUUGAAUCUGCUGGUCAGGGAGAAGAGUGGGAGGAUGGGUGCAGGUCAGUGCCUUAAACAUCCCUGGCUCAAUGACCUUGCAAGAAAGGCCAAACUUUGUAACCGACUAUUGAAGUCACAGAUUGAACUGCGCAAAUACAUGAUGAGGAGACGCUGGAAGAAGAACAUCUUUGCAGUGAAGGCAGCAAACAGGUUUCUGAAGACUGGGAGCUCCUCCUGUCUCACCUUACUAGCAAAAUAAAAAGCAACCGGGAAGUUUUGAUAUAUCUUUUUUUUUUUUAUAGCUAUAAUGACCCUUCUUUUAUCUUCUUGUACUUGCAGUAUUUUGGACUUGCCUCAAAAAGGUUUUGCAGUUUCAAAAUUCUGAAUUAUUAUUAUUACAUUUGUUCUUAAAAAAUACCUCUGAAAACCUACUGCUUUUCUCUUUGUUGGUUACCAGAUACCUUAAAACAUUUUCAGGGUUCAUACGGCUGGCACCUGUCUGUGCACCGCCACCAUGACACAGCAAAUCAACUAUUUAAGUCAACGCUAAAAGUAUUAGCAAGUGAAUGUGGUUUCAUAAUUCUGAAGACAUAACUUUAUGGUGAAUUCAAGCGGAUUGGCCCAGUCUUUAUUUGGUGAAUCAUGUAAGGGACUCAUCCUUAAAGGGCUUGAUCACAUAGAUGUACUUUGCUCUGACGUCUAGCUAGGAAUCAGUGAUGGGGAACCUCGGCACCCCAGAUGUUUCAGAACUACAUUUCCAAUGAUGCUCAACUACACUGCGGAGUGC